AGUUUCUCAGCGAGUACUGAUUAUCAACAGCAGCGCUUGAGUAGCUAAUCCAAAUCAUCACCAUGAAGACUAUCGCUGUUAUUCUCUGCAUUUUCGGCGUCGCCCGAGCAUCAGCACCACUGGCCUACGGUCUACCGUUGGUUUACGCCAAAUUGGAGGCUGGAGCUCCCAUUGGUCUCGACGGAAGAGUCGUUGACACUCCAGCUGUGGCUUACGCUAAAGCUGAACAUGCAGCAGCUCACAUUAACGAACGAUUGAAUCACGCAGCCGCAGCCUCAGAAGCAGUUGUGAUUCAACCAGCAAUCGCCAGGUUGGGGGUGACUGCAGGUGCUCCUCUGGGGGUCGAUGGACGCGUCGUUGACACUCCUGAGGUCUCUUUGGCUAAGGCUGAACAUGCAGCUGCUCAUCUCAACGAACAACUCCGAAGCACUUCCCCAAUUGCUACUUACACCAGCCCAAUCAUUGCCCCAGCUAUUGUCUCUCCGCUGCCAGUUAUCACCAAAGCCCAAUCUGGUGCUCCAAUCGGUCUUGAUGGAAGAGUUGUAGACACCCCCGAAGUUGCUCUUGCCAAAGCCGAACACGCAGCUGCUCACAUCAAUGCUAAACUCGAGAAUAACGAUAAUUACCUCUACCUCUCAUCCCCAUCAGUCCAGUACUAUUAUUAAAUAGUUCAUAUACCUCACAUCAUUUAUUGAGAAAAAAUUGUUCAUCUGAUGAAUGAUUAAAUGGUGGAAAUCACAGAAAAAAAUCAAUAAAACUUUUGAUAAAUUUUAUGGCAA